AGAUAGAAACAUUUGGUCCUGAGAGUGAGGUGGAGGGCGCGGCCUCACUCACUCACGAGAACCAUGGCCAGCCAGUCGCAAGGUGUCCAGCAACUUCUCGCUGCCGAGAAAAAGGCAGCUGAAAGGGUUGCUGAAGCUAGGAAACGUAAGGCACGGCGACUGAAGCAGGCUAAAGAUGAGGCCCAAGCUGAAAUAGAAAAAUUUAGACAAGAGAGAGAGAGACAGUUUAAGGAAUAUGAAGCAAAGCACCUGGGAUCUCAAGAUGACAUCGCACUGAAAAUUAGGAAUGAUACCCAUGAGAAAAUUAAUGCUAUGAACAAGCAAGUAUAUGCUAACAAAGAUAAGGUGAUCGAGCGUAUUUUGCUGCUUGUGAGACACAUCAAGCCAGAGCUGCAUAUUAACGCUAAAAAGGAAAUGUAGACUAAAUAUUGUUUCCUUCAGCUGCUGUCUGUGGGCGUUUUGUUUAGCUAGACCAUGUAAUCUUUUCUGUACAGUCGUCUUCUUUAUGAAAGUAUAUAAACCAAUUGAAAGGAAAGUACAGUAUUGUACAUUUAUUUUAAAAUUUUCAAAUUUUUGGAACCUUACGAAGUGUAAAUCGUAUUAACAAUGAGAAUAUUCUGAUGGUGUGGUUAUUUUUAAGUUUAUGUACAUUAAAUAUUAUAAAAUUGUGAA